AUGCAAGUAUUUGAAGACUUCAUCGAUAAUUUUCUAAACAUCACGACACCCAAUAAAGGCCAACUUAAUGAUGGAGGAGAUGAAACGAGAAGAGAAUCCAUCUUUAAGGUGGCAGUCGCCUUCGAGGAAUUUGCAUUUAAUUAUGGUAAAUACCAUCUGAAUGGAACGAAUCCUUCUACAACGAUCAAAAGCCGAACAAUGGGUGAGUUCAAACUAUUUUAUUAGUAACUGACCCACUGACCAUUUGUCUAACUGAAUGGUCUGUCUGCCGCCUGGCCUUGGAAAUUAAAUGAUACAAGUGAAUUCUUGAAGGCUCACGUAAGCAGUCGAAGGCGCAUAAAAUUCGUCUGGCUUGAUGCCAGUAGGUGCACGAAGGUGUGUGAAGCCCAGUUGACGAGAAGUGAUAUUCGUCUGGUUAAUAAGCUGUUUCAAUUUCCUCUUUUGAGUAUAUGAAUACGAUCUCAGUACAAUAAUAUAUUUCAAAUAAAUCAGAAUGGCGUUUGAGAAAUCAUAGUGUAGUGCUGUGUAUAUACCUUUAAGAAAGGGAUCCGUAUACGCUGCUGUCAUCUCCUUCAAUUCCAAUCAUCAGCUAACAUCUUCUCUUUCUUCUGACAGUUUUGGGCAUUCAAAUUGGCUACCGUCGGAAUGCAACUGACUUUUUCCUCAAGGAGGAAGAAUUGCAAGUCAGCAUUAAUAUAUCCUCGGAUGAUUUUGCUGAAAAAGGUUUGCGUUAACCACGCUUUCAACUCUAAAUCAUAGAAUGACAUUUUUCCACUUUAAUAGUUGCUCUAGUAUUUAGAAAUCAGAAAGUUUUACGUAUCAGUGUACUAUUUUUCAAUCGUUAAACAUUUCAAAACAGCUGAGAAGGUACGCGAUGACCUUAGUAGGAAGCUGGGAGAAUAGUCGGAAAGUUUGCCAAUCACUCACGCCCAGCUAAUGAUCUAUAACCUUUUUGAGUGUUCUGCCAGAAUCCUAAGUAGAUUAUUUCGCCCUUUAACCAGUAGAAGGUAGGGGUAAUUGCUUGAAUCAAUGAUAAUUAGCACGCACAACAUUUCUAUAUUUUCACUAAUGUCAUAGAAAAGUAAGAAAUGACAAAAGCAUUAGUUGAUCUAUGCCAGUGGAGUCUCCGGUUCAAAUAGCUUAUGCAGAAUGCUAAAGGAGCAAAGAUGUGGUGUUAGCCAGUUGGGUGUUCAAAUGUCGAAGUAUGUGGGUCAAACAAAUAAUUCUGCUCGAAAAUAUUUGGUCUUCGAAAACACUUCAGUCCAUACUGUAUUAUAACUUAGACAGUUCUUUGGUGAAAAACAUGGAGGGGAACUUGAUCGAUCACCAUUUCGAAUAUGUUUAUACUGAGACUAACCCUAUCGUUUGGCGUUACAAGGACUUUUUUUCAUGUUCUGAUUAACAAUAUUGUUUUCUUUAAAGGGUCAGUGAUUGUAGGAUGUGUGUACAAAGACCUUCAUGAAUUACUACUGAGAAAUCAAUCUACUGGAGAAGAACUUGACACUUCCAGGUGACGUUAAGCGAUAAAAUAUUUAAGAAUUGUGCUUAGCGUACAUGUAUUGAAUUAUAUGGCAUGCCAUAUCAAAUUUAACCAAUCGAGAUAGGGAGAACCCUAAUAAGCAGUGUAAUAGGAACCCUAAUAAUGAAUAAAGAAGGCGAUGACCAAGUCCAUUUUUUAAGCUCAUUUGGAGAAAUUACCUGAGGGUUAAGUUUUCUUUAUCACACAGUAAACUUUAAAAAUCAUAAGAGAAGUUAAUUUUCAUUAUCACCAUUUUAUAUCGAAGAUAAAAAUGACAUAGAGUAUGCUACAUGCAGUUAUAUGUAAAUGCACUGUAAUGGUUUGCAAAAGUUGAUAGCAUAGAACAAUAUUUCUUCUACAGGUAUGUUAACACCAGAAUAAUGACGGCAGCGAUGAAUCCUAAACCUGAAAAACUACGACGAGAUGUAAUCUUGAAGUUCAAAAACCUACAGGUAACAGCAAGAACGCUGAAAGAUAAGCUCGUUCCCUUUGUGUUAUGCUGGAUCAAUUUAAUAGAAAUACAUGCAAAAUAUAUUUUCAGGUCGUUGAAGAAGAAAAGCAUUGCAUGUUUUGGAGUGGUUUCAAAAAUAGGUAAAUACAAAGAUAUUAUAAACUAUGCUUUGGGACUCCGUCUUUUUCGCUUAGUCCAAAACUGAGUAUAAAAAUUCGAGAUAUCAGUUAAACCCUCAUUUGCGAGGAGGAUAGUCCUGAUUUUUCAUAUUAGAAUCACCGUUAUGAAAUGUUAUAAAAUACCAGAAGAAAGGCAGUCAACACUGAUUAGUGUUUCAAGCUCCGAAGUUUUUUAAAUUAUAUGUUAUUCACCGAAUAACAUAUAACCAAUCAGAUUGCUGGGUUUGUUACCGUACCCUCUGAGAAAGGAAAAUCGUUAUUUUUAUUCAUUAUAUUGUAAUAUUUCUUUGUUUUUAGUCCGGAUGGGUUUUCAGAAGAGGGUUGUCAUGUGGAUCAUUCGAAGAGCAACUCAGAAGAAACAAUUUGCAGCUGCAAUCAUUUGACUCAUUUCGCUGUCUUAGUUGACUUCAGCGGCAGCACAAAGGUAGUUUUAUUAUUAUUAGUAUUAUUAUUAUUAGUAUUAUUAGUAUAAUUAUUAUUAGUAUUAUUAUUAUUUUUACCUUGAAUUCAAACUAGAAAUGGGUACGUGUGGUCAAUCAAAGUAUUACCUUCUUUUUCUUUUGUUUUUGACGCAGCUUUCCGAGAACGACGUAGCUGUUCUGGAGAUCAUCACUUACGUAGGGUUAAGCCUAUCCAUCAUCGGAAUACUUUCGACAAUAACCUUAUAUUCUUUCCUCACGUAAGUACUGUAAUCAAACGAUCAGCGGAGAACAUCCUGAAAUACCGUGGAAGAUGUAUUGAAUAAAUCAGGCCAGUGCAAUGUCCGUAACACCCCUUCCCCCCUGCCCCAAAAAAAAAAAAUAAUAAUAACGAAAAUGUCUUGGUGCUAAUUAGAAACUAAAUCCGUACCCCAUGUUUUGGACAUCACUCGUGACUGUCCAAGUUCAUCUGCCUAUCUACUGUCUCUCGCUUUCACUCAUGCUUUUUGCUUUUGUUUUUUUUGGUUUUGUUUUGUUUUGUUUUGUGUGUGUGUGUGUUGUUGUUGUUGUUGUUGUUAACAGAGAUCUUCGUCAACCUCUGUCCCAAAUACGCGUAAGUCUUGCUGUGGCUUUAGGAGCUGGACAAAUAUGUUUUUUCGCUGGUAUAAAUGCCACAGAGAUCAAGGUAGGUGGUUAUUCCCAUUUUUUAUAUGAAAUUAAAGAUAUUAUGAUCGAACAAAGCAUUGAAAUGACAUAGAUUCUGCUGUUUUCUUUACGUAUCUGUGCAGGCUGUGUGUGUCAUAGUAGCAGCUGUUAUGCAGUAUUUUCUGAUGGCCGCUUUCUGUUGGAUGCUGGUCGAGGGAAUUUAUCUUUACCUGUUUGUUGUAAAAGUUUAUAACAUCAACGACAAGAUGCGCAUAUAUCACGUCAUGUCAUGGGGUAUUUUGCUUACACAGCUGAACUUACAAUAUACUGUGAAUUUUAUUUUUGGCUAAUUUAAUUUUAAUCAUUUUGAGUCGCCUUGAUUGGUUUGUCAUUUCCUGAUAGGUUUUCCAUUAGUUAUGGUGGCCAUUUCACUGUCUAUCGCUGCUGGAAAAGAAGGGAUACAGAGUUACACCAGCGACAAAUUGUACGAGGCGUAUAUUUUUUUUUCUUUUUUCUCCUUUUUUUUCCUCCCCCUAAAAUGUUAAUUUUUUUCGGUGAAGUUUUGAUGUUUCUUUUAAUUUGCUUUGACAUUUUCAUUAAAUUUAUCUCAAAGUCCUUCUCGUAACAUUUACCCUUUCGGGAAAGCUUUCUCACAUCGGUUUCUUUCUUUAUGCAAGGUUUCUGUAAUUUUAUCCUUGUGUUUCCUUAUUCCUUUUUUUUUCUCCAAAAUCUUCCCUUCUCAUCUGUACCUUAUCAUGUUAUCAUCAUAUUAUUGAACAUCUUAAAAUGCAUUUUUUAACAUAAUAUAAACAACAGUGUUAUGCAAGAAUUUCAGUCCUGAGAAAAGCCUUAACAACAAAUGUGGACAAGUAUCAUUAUUUUUUCUCGUGUGUUUGAUAUCGCCGAUCAGUUGCUGACACGUCAGUCGCCUAUUGCACCCCUCGGCCAGGUUGAUGAAUGAACUGCGAAGCCUUCACCAUUCUCAAUCAAUCAAUAAUUAUUUGGUAUAUAUGAUAAAAAAUGAUACAUGGUUACUUUCAGCUAUGAAAUUUCUCUUCUCGUGUUCAACUUGACACCUCACUCGUGAGCUAUCGAGUUAAACACUCGAAGAGAAAUUUUAUAUCUUCGCGCGCCCAUGUAUUUUUCGCUAUGUAAUUUCUUACGAAUUCCUUUGACUGCAGAUUUUAUGCUGACAAUUUUUGUUUUUGUCUAUGCUAUCUUUCCCCUUUUAAGUUGUUGGAUAUCCUCAGCGAACAAUUUGAUAUGGAUAUUUGUCACAUUUGUGAUUACAGUUGAAGUGGUAAGUUUCUGUUUCGGUUUAUUCAUAUCGGUGAUUAUGAUAUAAGACUUGAAAUGUGUAAUAGCCAUACCUUAAUACAAACUUUUAAUUUUUCUCCUCCUCUUUCAGAUCAACAUUUUGAUACUCACACGAGUCAUAAGGGAGAUGGCCAGAAUGCAGCCAAACAGGAGACAAGCAAAGUCAGCAAUCACGGUGAGAAAGAGCUCUAAAGAACGUUAAAAAAAAAAAAAAGAAAAGAGAGAGAGAAAAAUGUUUUCAGUUCCUGCAAGAGGUUGGGUGAAAUCCUAAAGAAUCCUUAUAACGGAAUACUUCUUACUUCCUGAGGAGCUUGUCGAUAUUAAUUAGGUAAGAGAAAGUAUGGGUUCCAAAAAUGUUUGUGAGGUUCAGUAAGCAAUAAAUUAACCAGCAAAUUUUCGUCCUAUAGAGUUGGCAUUAGAGCAUGUGUUGUGAUGAUCCCCCUGUUGGGUGUCACGUGGUUAUUUGGUCUUCUGUCGCCAUUACACAAAGCUUUUUCCUACAUUUUUACCAUCCUCAACUCUACUCAAGUGAGUAUCAAAUAUUAUGAUUUUACAGUUUCAUACGUGAUAGAAUAUUUGUUAAUGUAAAACAGACAAAAGUGAAUAAAAUUUAAAAGAUAAGAAAAAAGGAUGUCACUGUUUAUGUGAUUUUUUGCUGGUCAAGACAUAAUUUGAUUCUUUUUGAUGUUAUUUGGGGCUUUUAGAGAAAAAAAAAAAAAAGAAAACCUCAAUAUAUUUACCCUAGGUCGCAAUCACAAAACGAAAUUGGUCUGAAAAACAAUUUUUUUUUUCUGUCUAAGGGUUUCCUGAUUUUCGUUCUUCACUGUGUGCGAAACAGCCAGGUAAGUUUUAAAACUUGAGGUUUUAAAACUUGAGGUUUUAAAAUUUGAAUGUACCUUGAAUGUGAUUCUUUUUCUUACUUUCCAUGUCUAUCGGUGCCUUUAUUUGUUUACUUUGCUUGUCUAUCUGCAGAUUAGAGAGCGAUUCAAAAGGAAGGUGAACACGGUUUUCCCAUCUACAAACAAUGAAAACUCCACAAAGAAGAGCUCACAGGUUAAUCCAAGUGUUGUCGGUGAUACGUGGGUAGCUGAAUUGCAGUCUUUCGAUGAAUUUGAGCUGGAAAAACACUCGGCUUGAAGAGCUAGAUUCAACACGGACCAAGCAUGAAACUCCAUUGUUUAAUUGUUUAAUUUGAUUUUUAAGCUUAGUUGGUCAAUCGCGGUUGCUCAUUUUCGAUCUUUCAGGAAGAUUUCGGCCGUUCCAAUCGAGGCAUUAGCUUCGUGAAUAAGUCAUACUUAAGGUGUAACUUACUGCGAUAAUAGGGCAACUUGCCAAAGGUAGUAGCGUUUAAUGUAAGCUAGAUGCAAGAACUGUUCAAGCUUUUUUUUCUUUAGAUUUUUUAGACUAUCGUAUCUUCUUAGAGAAAGUUUGCCUUAGCUGCAAACUAAAUAUCUUUUAAGUAACUAUCUUAUAGGCUGGCUGUCGAUCACUGUUAGAAUACAAAACAGUCUGUUCUAGCUUUCUUUUUCUUUGAAUUAAGAGUAAGUAAUUUUUUGAGUAUCGUACGUAAUUAGGGAAAUUUUGCCUUAGCUGCAAACUAAAUUGCUUUUAAGUAUCUAACUUAUAGGCUGGCUGUCGAUCGCUGUUAGAAUUCAACAUAGUCUCUUUCAAAUGAUGGUUUCUUCGUUCUAUCAAUGAUUGCCCCCUAUUUUUUCCUAUUAUUUAGUUGAAAUGUUGCGGUGAUGCAGUCAAGACUGACGUGUCUUUAAACAUUCCUAUGCUUUAUUAUGAUACACAUUUCUAUGAAUUUUAGCGCGCAAUUUUAUACUUAUAUUUCACGAUAGCGUCACCCAUUUUAUAUUAUUUGAGUGGU